GGAUAUCGUGGAUUAAAGGGAUUAAAUGGAAUUGAGAGUGAUACGUGUAAACAAGAGAAGUAAGAAUGCCAUAAGCAAUUGAGAAGGAUAUCAGGGUAUGAGGUUUUAUGGGAGAUAGAGAAAUUUGGGGUUGGCUUAGCCUGGGUGUAGAGAAAUUUAGGAUUAAUCUUAGAUGUGGAGGAAUGGCAAUUUUAAGGAAUGGCAAGCAAUAUGAAGGAACGGCAAGCCAAUUCCUUAAUUCCUUAAAACACGUAAUAUCACCCCGGCUGUUUAUUCUACAUUAA